AAGUGAACCCUCUCUCUUCAGGCGGACAAGACGAACACCCGGAUGCGUCAGCUGAAGCGCCAGCUGGAGGAGGCAGAGGAGGAGGUGACGCGGGCCAACGCUUACCGUAGGAAGCUGCAGAGGGAGCUGGAUGAUGCCACAGAGUCAGUAGACUGUGUGAACCGUGAAGUCAGCAGCCUGAAGAGCAAGCUCAGACGUGGGGAAGUUCCUUUCAACGUGCGGCGUACCAUGAAUCUCACGGGGCUGGACAGUGAUGAUGAUGUGGACCUGAAGGCUGAUGUAGUUGAGCCUGCUGCUGAGUAAACAGAAGAAAGCAGAGAGGGAAUUAAUAUAAUGACCCAGUCAACAUGCAGAUAUAGUGAAAAAUGGCCAUAAAGUAAGACUUUUUCUGAGAGGACUUAGCCUUGAAUUCCCCUUGACAUUCAUCUUGUAGCCUUAAUAUUGUUUUCCAUAUAACUCAUUUAUAUUUGGCCAAAUAAUCAUAUUCAUCUCAGUUAAUUAUUUGUGUUUUUUAAAGGCUUUACUCAUACCUUCCUGGUCUAUUUUUCUACUUAAUGGGUAUACUCUGAUAAAAUAUUGCGCUUGUAACAAGCUAUUGCAGUUUUAUUUGUGCUAGAGGUUUAUGUGCUGUCACUGAACAAUUUUUGGGAAAAAACACUGGACAUUUUAUGCUUGUUUUGCACACAACAUGGGUCUUUUGGGAGUUUGGAUGCAGUUACUCAGUGUUGUUCACAUUUGCUAGUGUCAGUUUAUCUACACUGUAUGCUUUUCCUCUCACUGUGUCAUCUUUUUAUGAUAUUACCUCAACCACUUUUGUACAAUGCCAACACGGACUAAACGGACAUAAAAAAGGAAAUUGUUCAGUUCUUCAGAGGUGGUGUAUUCAAAAUGCAGAAAUGUUGGUGACAAUGUUGUCACAAAUUGUGUACCAUCAUUUAACUUAACUUGGUUGAUGUUUCACUGGUUUUAUAUCUCAUUCAUUGUUGGUGGUGGGUCAUCAUGUAGUACCACUCACUGUACUAUGUUUUUCUUUCAGCUAUGCUUAGCACAGUAGAGGGGGUUAUAAGCACAUCAGCCUCUGAAUAAUGCAUAUUUUAGAUUAGGUACGAUACCCUUACAUUGUAUUAACAAACGGGUAACAUUUCAUAUUGAUGCCGAUAUUGUAAGGCUAUUCUCUUUAUCUAACGCCUUAAAUGCAAUAAAUUGAUAAAUCAUCAAAUGUG